UGUGAAGAGCUGAAAAUGACAAGAAACCAGAUGGGCGCUGUCUUCUGUAUUCUGUCAGUCCUAUUACUUCUGAGAUCUGACUUCAUACACUGUGACUAUUCAGUAGCUGCCCCGGACUACGUGCUGGACACAAAGGGGGAAUGUCACUAUCACAACGGCACUCAGCGUGUGCGGUAUCUGGACAGAUAUUUCUACAACCAGGAGGAGUUUCUCUACUUUGACAGUGAUGUCGGGUAUUACAUAGCGAGGACCGAGUACGGGAGACCUGCUGCAAAACAGUGGAAUGACGAUAAGGAGUUCAUAGAGCAGGUGAAGCACGAGGUGGAGAGAUACUGCAUACCCAACUAUGAUAUUCUACACAGCGUCACUAGUGACCGGAGAGUUGAACCAUCGAUCAGAGUGUCCCUAAUGCCACAGCAUGAAGACCCUGAUAGUGAGCAGCACAUGCUGAUGUGUAAUGUGUUUGGGUUCUACCCAUCUGAGAUAGAGGUGAAAUGGUACCGGAAUGGCCAGGAGGAGACGGCUGCCGUUCAGUCUACGGAGCUUUUUCAGAAUGGAGAUUGGACUUUCCAAAUCCAUGUGAUGCUGGAGACCGAAAUUCAGGAAGGAGACAAUUACACCUGCGAGGUUCAUCACAUGAGCCUGACGUCCCCAUAUCGUGUGACCUGGAAGCCGGAGAUUUCAGAAUCCAUCAGAAACAAAAAGGUGACUGGAAUUGUGGGAUUCGUUCUGGGAGCUGUGUUCAUCAUUGUUGGCCUCGUUCUCUACAUAAGAGGUCGUAAAGCCCAAACAUCAUUCCGUGGACCACAGACUGAGCAUUUCAUACACACUUAGCCCGGAGAACGUCUGGCUUAAAAGAAUUUACAACUUUGCUGAUUGUUUUUUUAUUUUCAACCACUUUGCAACUCCUGAAGCAGCCACAUGUGGAGACAGCAGCGACCGAGUUACUGGAAGCCAAGCCUGCAAUAAAGCUAUUACAAUAAUAAAGCUAUACAGAGAGCUAUACAUUGUGCAUUGUAAAUAAGUUGUGCCUUAUUAAGUAUAGGUAAAAUAUAAAGAUAUAAUACCCUUGACCUUUAUUACACACUUCAAAACUUACUGUUACCAGGGAUCUUGUAGUUUCACCAAAGUGGGAAUAGGGAUUUACGUUGCAAUUACCUGUCCUUUGGAGUAAAGGCCCCCAUACAUCAGCGAUCAACUGGGGCAAUUUGGUGUUUUGUAGAAUAAAUCUGCAAUGUAUGAGGAUCACGGAUUCCAAAUAAAAAGUGAUUGGGAUUGUCAAAUCAGGUUGUUCAACAUCUUGGAUUUCACAGAUCUAUUGGGGCUGUAGAUUGCUAGUGUAUGGUAACAAUCAGCAGAUCGUUUCUACUAAACUGAUGAGUUUCAAGAUUGUCAGAUCUGUAUUUGCUAAAAAUGAUCUGUAGAUCACUGAAAACUAUCUGUAAUGUCUGGGAGCAGAUUGGUGGGUUGGGGAAUCUUUAAACCUAGGACAAAAAUAUGCAAUUGUCUUUUUGCGAUUGCUGGCCUAAGGAGGGGACAGCAAUGAGUAUUUCAUUACAGCUUCAAAUUGCCCACAUACUCCGUUUCCUCCUCUGUUGUUCUGUGCAUCCAAUUGGACCAGCAUAUGCGCGGUGGAGCCCCUUUAGGGCAUUCAAAUUCACAGUGAAACUGAAAGCCUAAACAGGGAUCCGCUGUACAUGUGAACAGGUUCCUCCAGUGUGGACGGACACGUAGUACCAAGUUCCCCCAGAAUUCUGUACUGGCUGCUCCAGUGGUUGUUACAUCCUUGGUCAGGAGUUUUAUCACAUCUGGUCACAUAUUCUCCAAUCACCCUAUCCGCACACACAUUAGCACUGGGUAUGUAAAUAUUGUUUUAUUCCCUCUAUCGCUCGCCCUUCCAGUAGCGGCCACACUUAUUACACCGCAGCCACUAUCAAACGCUCUCACUGACCUGCAGUCUCUGUGACCUGGAGUACAGUCACAUGAGGCUUCAUAUAUCUUUGGAAAUAAUGGGGUCUCCACCAGAAUGAUCAAUUAUCAAUGCAUAGAGAGAUACCACACUAGCCAACCAAUCAGCUCCACUGUCAUUAUUUAAACGCACUCAUGAGACUUAGACACUGAUUAACUGGUUCUUUAGCUCUCUCCACUCUCUCUGUCUCCAAGCUUUAAACAACCCCCCCCCCCCCUCUCCCCCCCCCCCCCCAUAGUGUUCCUCUAUUCAAACAACAUCUCAAUAAACAAGUGUGCUUACUUAUGCCUGGUAGACUUCCUGCAACCUUUACUAGAUGCAUGGCCUUAUCUUAUUGCCUAUAUCCAGGACUAUCCUCCAGGUAGAUACUGACCUAUCAUUAAUCAAGUCCGUACUUCUAUACCAUGUCAGUUUGGGUGAGGAUGGGACCAUGAUCAUUUACCAACAGGUCAUUUAUCUGUCCCUGAGUAACUUGGACUGGCUUGCAAAGUCUGGGGAUACAGCCACCAAAUGAUCAUGGCUAAUUCCUUAUUGCUUUCGGUAAAUGCUUAUUAUUACAAACAUACAGCUUGUGCUGUCUCACCACUCACUUCCCCCAGGCUGAAAGCUGCCAGCCCUCCACCAGUCAUUAAAAUGUAUCUGUUAGGGCUUUUUGACCUUUUUUCAGCUAUAAAUCUUUAGCAGCUUUUUAAACAAAAUAGGUUUCAGUGUUUUCUGCAGAGUGAUUCACAGUCCUGGCAGCCAUGUUGUAGACUGGAAUAAUAUUU